AUGAAAUGGAAUCAACUGUGCGAUCACGAAUUAUUCGUGGUACGUUCAUACGCGGAAAGUAAAAGUGCUCCAGGAUAUGAAAUUUGGAAUAUGGAACCAUAUCAACAACGAGAACUUGUAAUGAUCUCAUACCUCAGUGAAAUUGUACAAAACUCUGCCGAGUCCGCAACUCCUUUCGCAUCGUUGUGCAUUUCAAUUCCACAAGCGUCAGUGUCACCGUCACAUGUGUUAAACGUAGUAAAUGGUAAUAUAGUAGCAUUAUGUGGGAUUGAUCUGAAUAAUAACGAAUUGCAAGCAAAUCAAACUAUGGCUGGUCCACGUAUAUUAAACAGAUCACCCCUUUGCGCUUGUUAUGGAUUUGGUAUUAUCAGAGGAAUUGAUAUGGAGCGACAACAGAUAUUUAUAAACACACCAUUACCGAUUUCUAUAAUGCGGUAUGUAAAUUGUUUGAUGGGAUGUAUACCAGUACCUAUCACGCUGCUACAGACUAAUCAAUUAAAAAAUAUACCUUACACUGGUGGAAAUGAUGUUUUACCAAUGUCUCGAGAGCAUCGCAGAGGGUAUUUUCGUAUGAGGUAUCAAAAAGUACAAAAUAAUGUUUGA